CUAUGGCGCGUGCGAUUUGUUUGUAACUUAAGUGCUGGUUGGCUCGUCUUUCGUUAUGAUAUUUUUUAAAAAUUGGGAAACCUGGGGGGCAAGGAAGCGGGGCGAGGGCUGCCUGGGAACCACAAACGGAUUGGAAGUGGCAAGAUUACGCUUAUGCAUCUGUAGGGUUGCCAGUUGCUCUCUAGGACUGGCGUGGAGUCUCUAGGCAUCCUGGAGUACUAAAAACAAUUCUGGAGAUCUUAAUGGCUUGAUACUGUGAAAACUAUUGGGGGAAAUAUUGUGAAAAUAAUCCAGGAAUAACUUCAGACAGACUUAGCAACUCUAGGUUCAGCCCAUAGCGCUUAAAGGGGUUGCACUUUCUAAUGUCCACGAUUCAGCCCACAAACCCCUGAAUUGGGCAACGUACUCGUGACGAAAUUUAAGGAAAAGGGUGGGGACUCCGCCGGGAUUGGGGCUGUCAUUGGAUUGGCCCAGGCAUUGUGACGUACUUCAGAUUUCUGAAUGAUGCCUGGAGAAAGUAUCGGAUUCUCUUCUGGAAACGCAACAUUCUCUCCGGAAUCACAGCUGAUUGGCAAAGCGGCUUAGAGGGCGGAGCCAAGGGUGUUGAAAUAGUGGGACUUGCUACGCUACGUCAGCUGUAGGGCUCUUUCAUUGGCUGCUGCUCUUCCUGAGCCCGGUCGCCCUGUGGACGUGGCUGGAGUUCAUUCUGUACCGGCAGCCUCCGAAUGAGAAAAACGAUCAACGGAAUCUUUCAUUUCCCAGUGUCCAGGGAAGUUGCUCGAACGGGAAAGGAGAGUUUUGUCUGUCAAUACAAUAGAUCUGUGUUGUUCAUCGCUCUCGUGGCGGUCCGUCUGCUCCAUUAUCUUGUUCUCUGGGGUCAGCCGUGGUGAUCGAUCCUCACUUGGUGAUCGCUCACUUCCUUUUCGGAGUCUGGGAUCUUCUCGUGUUUUGCGGACAAAGAAAUGUAAUCUUCCCCCGGAGACCGUCGAGGCAUCUAACAAAAUUUGUGGAGUCGUGUGAGACCAUCACAUGGCCAGAAUCAGUGUUUGUCCAGCAUCUUGGCACUUCACAGUGUCAAGCACCUGUCCCUGUCAACGCCUGACUGUGCUCUGCCUGUUUUUGGGAGUCUGUCUUCUGCUACUUGUAGAAAUUCCAAAACGAGGGCACUGGAAAACUGGCUCUCAGGACAAGCAGUUUGAAAGGUACUUGGCGUGGUUCCGAGCCCUGGAGCCAACAGAUACAAAGAACGCAGCUCUGAAUUAUGGGGUUGUUGUAGACUGUGGGAGCAGUGGGUCCCGGGUCUUUGUGUAUUUUUGGCCACCACAUAAUGGGAAUCCCCAUGACCUGCUGGACAUCCGACAGAUGCGAGACCACAGCAGCCAACCUGUUGUCAAGAAAAUCAAGCCAGGGAUCUCUACACUGGCGAUGACUCCAGACAAAGCUAGUGAGUACAUGAGGCCACUGCUCAGUUUUGCUUCUGCCCACGUGCCCAAGGUGAAGCACAAGGAGACCCCCCUCUACAUCUUGUGUACAGCUGGAAUGAGGCUGCUGCCUGAAGGGCAGCAGACGGCUAUCUUGGAAGACCUGGUGAGGGAUGUGCCCUUGGAAUUUGAUUUCCUCUUCUCGGCAUCACAGGCCGAAGUGAUCUCAGGGAAACAAGAAGGGGUCUACGCAUGGAUAGGCAUCAACUUUGUUCUGGGGAGAUUUGACCAUGGAGAAGAGGAAGAUGCCAUGGUUUCUGUGACUGUUGCUGGCCAGGAAGAGCCCCUGAUGCGAAAGAGGACGGUUGGGAUCCUGGACAUGGGAGGUGCCUCUCUGCAGAUCGCAUACGAGGUGCCCAGCUCCACAGCCUUCUCUUCUCCACAGCAGGAAGAAGCUGCCAAGAGUCGGCUGGCUGAGUUCAACCUGGGCUGUGAUGCCCAGCACACCAAACACGUGUACCGGGUCUAUGUCAACACCUUCCUGGGAUUUGGAGGCAACUUUGCCCGGCAGCGCUAUGAAGAGCGGGUGUUGAAUCAGACCAAGACCCAGAACAGGUUGUGGGGUGAACAGAAGGGAGUGAACCCUGAAGCACCAGUCUUGGACCCUUGUCUGCCGAUGGGACUGGAGGAUGUUGUGGAGCAAGGCGGCCAGAACCUGCGGGUCAGGGGCCUGGGCGAUUGGCAGGCCUGUGCAGAACAAGUGCGCCCCCUACUGGCUGGAGACAACAGUACUAGCCAGGACUCCCUGAGCAACAUCUAUCAGGCACCUAUUAACUUUGCUAACAGCGAAUUCUAUGGAUUCUCUGAAUUCUACUACUCCACAGAGGAUGUGCUGCGCCUGGGAGGACCAUAUCACUCACCCACCUUCACACGUGCUGCCCAGGAUUAUUGCCGCCAGAGCUGGUCAGUCCUGACACAGAGGUUCCAAGACCACCUGUACUCAUCACAUGCAGACCUGCACCGUGUCAAGUACCAGUGCUUUAAGUCAGCGUGGAUGCAUCAAGUCCUGCACGAAGGGUUCCAUUUCCCCAGGGACUACUCUGGCCUGCGCACAGCCCAGUUGGUGUACGACCGUGAGGUGCAGUGGACACUGGGAGCCAUUCUUUAUAAAACCCGCUUCCUGCCUCUCAGGGAUAUCCGCCAGGAGAGCAGCCGUCCUGCUCACAGCUCUUGGUUCCGGCUCUCCUUUGUCUAUAACCACUAUCUCUUCUUUGUGUGCAUUCUGGUGGUGACACUCGCGAUUUGCCUCUACCUCCUACGUCUGCGCCGCAUCCACCACCAGCAGCUGCAUUCGGCACCCCUUGACCUGCUGUGGCUAGCGGAAGUGGUGACGCCCUCAGGGCAGGAGCCGGGUGCCAAAGGAUAAAAGUGCUACCUCUCAGACUAGCCAGGGUUGCUUUCUUGGCACUAUUGUUUUUUCUUUUCACAUGAAGCUGUGAGUCUUUUCUACUCUAAAAAACAAAAAACUUCAGAACUCUGCAGGACUGUAGCUUUUAACUCAAGGGCCGGGGAUGUGAUGACGUCUGUUCAAACCUAACCUCAAAUUCCAGCGGAAUCAGCUCCACAAGUGGCAGGAUUUUUCCUUUGUGCCUGAAGGCCUCCGCUGAUAUGAAAUAAGCAUGCUGCAGGUGCUGUGAGGCUAGGGAAAGGACAAGAGCGAUUCUUUCAUCCAGGGCACUGAGCAAAAGGCUGCACAUCUUCUGCGACCAAAGAAAUUUUAAUGCACUCAGGGAGGAAGUUUUCAGAACUGCACAGCUCCCCUAAAAAGGGAAAGGAGGCUUCAACUCUGCUGUGAAUCUAAGCCUCUGCCCACUCAGUGCUACACUCUUGUCUGAUGCAGGAGGACCAAGAGAAGUUAUACAGGCAGGAUUUCUUGUAGGACCAAGAACCACCCAUCUCUGAAAAUGACCAAUCAUUUGCUGCUAUUUUCUGCCUCCCUUUCCCACCCAAACUGUUGCACACACUUGUACUGUGGGGUCUCUUACAAAUCCUAUGUUGCACCCAGGAUUAACUGUGUGUCUCAUAACUGCUUCCCCAGACAAAGGACUUUCAGUUGUCCUGAAUCCCACAUUUUGAUGUUGUAGAACACUUUGCAAUCCAGAACACUCCAGCCAGGAGCACCCCCUUCUAAUGAUAUCAUUUAGGCCUUAGAUUCUGAAUCAACCAGGAGUUAGUAUUUAUUUUCUUUUAGUAUGCAUUUGUUUUGUUUUAAUACUUGAACUCUGAUUACUGUAGCAAUAAAUUGUUGAGGUGUACUGUCA